AUGAAGACAAGAUCGUCAAAAAGGCUUGCAGACACCGGAAAAGCAACAGAGACUCCUCAAGUAGGAGCUUUUGCAAGCUCUAGUCAGAUCAAGGCCUUGGACAGCCGAUCUGUAACGCAGACAGCAGAUGCAACCGCAGCGCCAAACCCAACCGCAGACCCCGAAGAUUUAAUAUCAGUAAAGUCUGGCCCUCAACAGUUUUCGACUUUCAGACCGACAAAAAGCAAUUCCCGCAAAAUCGCUGGUGGGAUUCUGGAACUAAGGCUUCACGAUAGCGAGCUAUGGUAUUCGGGUAGCCGACGGCGAAGUUACAGUCGCUGGGGCAAGCGUUCGGCCCCCGAUGGCAUCAAAUGGGUUCAUGCGCCUCACUGCCAUGCAAUUCCUGUGCUGCGUUGUACGGAGGAGACUAAACUGGAGCUUCACCCACAUCCGCAAGGAGCCAGCCUUCGAAAACUUGAGCGACUUUCGCCCCUCUUUCGAAGUCUAUGGCACGAGCCGGAGGCAAGGUCGAGCAAGCAAGCCCUCAAAAGAGACACCUACAAGAUUAUAUGCACAACCGAAGAUGCGCCGAAGCGGGCUUUGAUCCAGGACCUGCGCGCUCACCCCGCAUGGAAUAAGAAACUGGCGGGCUUGACGAAAGCAAGGCAGCCAGAUCAACCACCACUGAGCGUGAUGCUCUGUGGCCCCAAGUCGUCUGGAAAGUCCACGUUUGGUCGAAUAUUGGGCAACCGCCUUCUUACGGGCGUUGGCCAGCAGACCCGAAAUCGGAAAACACCCUUAUCGGUGGUUGUGCUGGACCUUGAUCCCGGCCAGCCAGAGUACACUCCCGCAGGCACGAUCGCAUUGGUCCAGGUCAGAGAACCAAAUCUGGGCCCGUCCUUCACCCACAUCGCGGCAGGCGAGCAGCACGUAUCUGUUGUCAGAUGCCACUCAAUUGCCUCAGUAUCUCCGGCCUCAGACCCGGAGCUGUAUCUGGAAUGCGCACUGGAUCUUUACCAACGUUACCAAAGCACUUGUAAGGGACUGCCCUUGAUCAUCAACACGCCAGGUUGGGUUUUGGGCACCGGUCUCGACCUCUUGACCGAAUUGGCGACGAUUAUCAAACCCACCGAAGUCAUAUAUAUGUCCGAAGACGGUCCUAAGGAGACUGUCGAGGGCUUGCAAGUGGCGUGCAAGGGGACUUUCACCCUCCUACCUUCCCAGCAGUCGGAGUUCACAUCGAGAACGGCGGCACAUUUGCGCUCGAUGCAGGCGCUCGCAUAUUUCCACACCGUUCGAAAUCCUUCGAACAAGCUGACAUGGGACCCGACUCCGUUGUCGUCAUCACCGCCAUUGACCGUCAGCUACAAGGGCAAGAAUCGUGGGAUUUCAGGAAUCAUCAGCUAUGAGUACCAACCCCCGGCAGAUCUACUCGCGGAAACGAUCAAUGGUUCGAUACUAUGCCUAGUAGAAGCCGAGGAUAUCAAGGCGUUCAGCCGCCUCGCUAAGGAGAGCGAGGGAUUCAUGGCAGCUGCACCUGGCACCGAUGUGAUGGAUGUUGACGGCGGUGCAUCGAACCUGGACGGGAUCAUUUCGAGGACGCCGGAGGGAAUCUCCUACAUCCCAAACUCGGACGCCCAAACCCUGGACCCUCGAUACUCGCAGACCCUGGGCAUGGUACUCCUCCGCGGUAUCGAUACUAAGAACGGUGUUUUUCAAAUCCUCACCCCGAUUCCCUUGGAGCGCAUUGAAGCCGCCAAAGCAGCAGGCCACCACCUGGUGCUGGUCCAUGGCAAGCUCGACUCCCCAGGUUGGGCGUACACCGAAGACUUGUACUACCAAUCCUUCAACACCGUCGAGGGCGACGCGAGGGACGACACAGUGGAGGUGAUGGACGAAGACACGGAGAGCGACAGGUCAGACGAGGAGCCAGAGAACCUCGAACUGGCCGGCGACGUCAGCGACACGCCGUGGAUCGAGGUGCUGCAAGGCCACGAGAAGCGGCCAGUAGGGUCGCGGGUGUGGAGAGUACGGCGCGAUCUAGGCCGGGCCGGGCCGGGAGCUGAAUGA